CUCUCUACUCUCACCUUUUUCCUCUUUACUCACUUCUUUGGGCUUCCUUGGUGGUAGCGAUUGUGUGUUGUAUGUGUGCAGGGCAUCAUCAUCAUCAUCAUCAUCAUCAUUAUCAUAUGCUUGGUGAACAUCAAAGGCUUCUGGUACUGCUGCUGCUUCAUUUUCUCCCUCCCUGUUUACCUCUUUCUCAAGCGUGCACCAACUGUGCAUCUACCCACAGUCUCCGCUCUGCCUUGAUCCCCGAUCUGACAAAGGGGGAUCGGGUAUCAUCCUUGGACCGGCUCUGAGAGAGGCACUGCCGCAAUAUAGAUAACCUCCCGGCCGACUUGGAG